AUCAGGGCCACUCUCUUGGACAGAACAGAUGUUUUUUUUAAGCAUUCGACUCUCAGCAUAGUUAAAAGAGUCUGGAGACCGUUAGAGCGCGCGAGAAGCAUCCGCGCAUUCCCGCCCCUGCGGAGCGCCCGCACUCACUUCAAAGGCUUCCCUUGACUCAGAGCGCUGUGACGUCAUGAGACGCGAGGGGCUCGAGCAGAUGAGAUGCCGGAGCGCAACAGGCGAGCGCACAUCGCGAGCUCACAACUACAAUGACAACUUCCUGAUAUCUUUACCAAAAGUUUAUUAGACCUCUUUGCACUUUUGUUCCAAGGCAGCAUUGGCUUUCUUUUGUGUUCUGUGUGGUGCUAUGACUGUUGACGAGAUGAACUCAUCACUACUCACUAGAGAUUCGCUGAAGUGGAGAUCUGUAGUUGAGAUCCUGUGGUACCUGUUGAUUCUGUGUGACUGCUACAAUCUGGAUGUGGAGCAUCCUUUAGUUUUUCAUGGACCCAAUGGAUCAUUAUUCGGAUACUCGGUUCUGCUUCAUCAGCAUGCUGAGGACUCAUGGCUGAUAGUUGGAGCGCCUGUGGCAGAUUCCAGCUUUUAUCCUCAUACCAAAAAUCCUGGAGCCAUCUACAACUGCAGUGUGUGGAGCUCCCAAUGUGAGCAGCUCCCUGUUGGAGGUGUACGGCACUGUGGAAGACACUGUUUGGCAGAGAAUGAUAACCAGUGGCUCGGUGUCAGUCUGUCCCGGCAGCCCUCAAAAGGCCAUGUUUUGGCAUGUGGACAUCGGUGGAAGAAUGUCUACUACUCUAGUAGAGACAAUCAGAACAAGCUGCCGCAUGGUGUUUGCUUCAGACUCAGCCCAGAUUUGAAACAUGCCAGUCAUAUUAUCCCCUGCUAUAAAGAUCAUCAAAGGAAGUUUGGUGAAGGUUAUGGGUCAUGUCAAGCAGGGAUAUCAAAUUUAUUCACAGAGGACCUGAUGGUCAUGGGAGCCCCUGGUACCUCAUACUGGACCGGAUCCGUUCUUGUCUACAACACCACAAGCAACAUUUCAGCUGCUUAUGUGGAUGAUGACAGUGAAGUUCUCUAUGGCAGCUAUUUAGGUUAUGCUGUUAGUGCUGGACACUUUCUAGAUCCUCAAAGCACUGAGAUAGUGGGUGGUGCUCCCCAGCAUGAACAGACUGGUAAAGCCUACAUAUUCAGGAUUGAGGGCAACACUUUGAAAAUCCUUGCCAAAACCAAAGGCAAGGAGCUUGGCUCUUAUUAUGGAGCUAGUGUAUGUGCUGUUGACCUGAAUGCAGAUGGACUGUCCGAUCUGCUGGUUGGGGCUCCUAUGUUCAGCUCAGUGAGGGAGGAGGGACGUGUUCAUGUCUACAUAAACCAGGGAGAGGCUAAAUUGAAAGAGGCAGACUUUGAGUUAGUUGGGAGUGACUCUUACGCAGCACGUUUUGGAGAAACCAUCAUGAACCUUGGUGAUAUUGAUGAUGACGGAUAUCCAGAUGUGGCCAUCGGAGCCGCUCAGGAGGACGAUCUGCAUGGUGCUAUAUAUAUCUACAAUGGGAGGAAAAGUGGUAUUGCACAGAGUUUCUCUCAAAGAAUAACGGGCUCUUUGUUGGGCGACAACUUCAGGAUGUUUGGCCAAUCAGUGUCUGGAGGAGUUGAUGUGGAUAGCAACAAUUACCCAGAUGUUGCAGUGGGAGCUUUCCUGUCAGACUCAGCUGUGGUGUUCAGGACGCGUCCAGUAGUGAAGGUGGAUGCUGUCAUGUUGCUGCCUGAGAGCUUGAACCGGUCCAUAGCCCAGUGCACUGAAAACGGUCUUCCUGCCGUAUGUGUCAAAGUUAAGGUGUGCUUUAGAGUCGGAGGGAAACAGAUCCCAGGAAAUAUAGAGCUGAAGUACAACAUAACAGCUGAUGUUCACCACAAAGAUGGCUUCCCUUCCCGAUUUUAUUUCAGUGGAAAUGGCACAUCCAAUGUUACAGCGGGCAGAGUGAAGGCCAAGCAUGAGCAGCUCACUUGUGCCACCCAUCAGGCCUUCAUGAAGAAAGACAUCCGGGAUAUCUUCUCACCCAUCCAUUUUGAGGUGAAAUAUAAACUUGGAGAGCACCGCGUGCUACAGAGAGACUCCGGGGGCUUGCCUUCCCUCAAACCCAUUCUACAGCAGAAGGAUGAAUAUGGCAACGUUGUGAAAAACAAUACCAUCUUUGCCAGACAUUGUUCCUGGGAAAACUGUUCGACCAACCUGCAGGUUUCUGCUAAUCUGGUUUUACCACAGUCCUACAGGAACAUGCCAUACUUCGCCCUGGGUAAUGGAAAAAGCAUCAUGUUAAACACCACACUGGUCAACAUCGGAGAUGAUGCUUUUCUACCCAAACUUUACCUGAGGUUUCCCAGCAACCUGCAUUUCAUCAAAGUGCUGGAGGAAGAUAAAUACAUCAGCUGUGAAAUCGCAGAGGAGAAUAAAGUGGCCAUUGGACUGGACUGCAAUGUUGGGAAUUUAUACAUCCCCCCUAUCUCAAAGAUCAACAUCACCUUUUUAUUGGAUGUGAUGCAGAACAGCAGUGCUGGAAACCUUAGCAUUAAGAUCAAUGCGACGAGCGAGAACUUUGAGAACACAGAUCUUCAGCACGACAAUGUGGCUGUUCUUACGUUGCCCUUGAGAUAUGCAGUUGACCUCAAUGUUCACGGAUUUGUCUCUCCGACUUCAUUUCUGAUUGGAAAACAAGAGUCUGUGCCGGUCGACUGCUAUCCUGAGAAGUUCAAUUAUACGUACAAGGUGAUGAAUAUAGGUCCUAGUAAAGCUCUUGAUGCGAGAGUAAAGAUCGGCUUGCCUCUGAUGCUGGUGCCAUACAAAUACCAGCUAAUCAGGAUCACCGAUUUACAGACAACUCUUGGGCAUUGCUUCCAGAGGAACAAUUCAGUACAGAUUAUUGAUGACUGUGACAUCCCAGAAGCUUCCUUUAUUCAAGAACUUGUAUUCUUUUUCUCCCCAAAAAGCAAGCGCAUCAUGUUCUGUGGUCCUGAAGAUAAGACCUGUAGGAUGGUGGAGUGUCACUUCGGUGACUUGGAGGUUGGAAAGGAAGUUACCAUCACUAUGGAAGUGGAGCUCAACCCCAGGGUUCUCCAGAUGAGUCCAGGCAGACACGCUGUCAUGAUGAUACGUGGCAUGAUUGACCUUAUUUCACCAGUGAAGGAUGCCGACACCAUCCUACUUCAGGACGACAUUUCUGCUAGAGUGUCCUUGGAGGCUCUGUACAGCAAUAAGCCUGUGAUGGCUGUGCAGAUUUUUCUAAUAGUAUCCAGUCUGAUCGUUGGACUGAUGAUUUUAGCACUGCUUGUCCUUGCCCUCUGGAAGCUUGGAUUCUUUGAGCGGAAGUUGAAGGAGGAGAAGUUUGACCAGGACAGUUGGGACUAUGUACCUAAGAAAGAGAGUGUGUCAUAAUAUGGGAUUUACACCACAAACAAAACCAAUCAGAAUGGAAGGGACAAGCCAUGAAGGACUACUGCUCUGCUGUCACCAAGAGCUGGACUAAUGACCGUAAUGGCUGAGAACAUUCAUCACAAAGCGAUGAAGAGUACAAAGACUGUCAAAAGAAUCAGCAUUUUCUGUCAGCAGGAUGAAGCCAAUGCACUUUAGAGAAUGGAACAUACUACAUGAGCUCAAU